GAAUCAAUUAUCAACACGAUUUCAGAACCCGCUGUAUCGCCAGCAUGGUAGCCGUUUUCUCUCUGUUCUGCCUGAGAAAUAGUCUUUGAAAUAGACAUUUCGCAGCCGCCUAGUCAUUUCUCGGGUUCAUCGACCGAAAAGUAUUCUCGCGUAUGUCAAAAAUCCGAAUAAGAUCCGAAUUAAGAUUGAUCAAGAUACUUGGGACCGUAGAAGAUUGCCACGCUUUACUGAUUAUAAGAGAUUGCAUAAUGAAACGUUGAGUAAACUCGAUGGUUGUCUUUUGGAGGCGGUAAUCGCUCGAGUUUAAAACCGGGCUGCGUAUCUACUGUGUCAGUGCUGCGUCGGUUUAAAGAAUAUUUCAUUGAAUAUCGACUCGCAAUCUUAAGAAAAUUAAGUGAAACUUACAGUUUGCAAAAACCAAGCUGUUUGUGAAUUCGUAUGAAGUGCGCUUUGUGUCCCAAUUGGAUGAAAGCUAGCGACAUUUAACAAGAUCCCUUUCCCUGAAGGACGAAAUUUGUCUGAAAUAUUGAUUCUCUCGGUUUAAUUAGAUAGACGAGACGACAAAAUGAAUCACUUGCACACGGUUUUGUUCCUGUUUGUCGUUGCGAUGGACAUUGCCGUCGCAGAGUUUUCAGCAGACGACUGCAAGAUGUUAGGGUUCAAUAAAGCCAACGUGCUCUGCUCGACCUGUGAACACUUUGCCAAGCCCGAUCUAGAGAAGAUUUACGCUACAUGCAAGGAGUGUUGUCUAAAGGACAAUGAUUACGACUUGUCGGGAUCGAAACGUUAUCCCAAGGCCGUUCUUGAAGUGUGCACGUGCAAAUUCGGACAAUAUCCGCAAAUACAAGCCUUCAUCAAGAGCGACCGACCGAAAAAGUACAAGAACCUCAGCAUAAAGUAUGUGAGAGGUUUAGAUCCGAUUAUCAAGUUGUACGAUGCGGAAAAUAAGGUUGAAGACGUACUCGACAUACACAAGUGGGAUACAGACUCUGUGGAUGAAUUUCUGUCUACUCAUCUUUCUAAGGAUUAAUAAAAUUAGGAAAUAUAUUGCACUGAUAUAUAGUAGUUUCUAUUGAAUUCUUAAUAAACUAUCCAUUUAAUAUGAA